AGAAUAGCACUAUGCACGGAAUUGCUGGCAGACCACGAAUAGACAAAUAUGAGAGGAGGACAAUAUUGAAAUGAGGGAGAUACUUCUUCGAAUUGGGAGGAGAGAGAAAGAGGAGGAGGAGAGGAAGAAGCGUGAGAUGGAUGAGGUGAAACGUAAAGAGAAGGAGGAACGAUGGGAGGGUGAAAAACUUAGGGAGGAACAGGCAAGAGAAGCUAAGCUAGAAGCGACCAUUGUUAGGAUCCUUACGCAGCAGAGAGCAUCGUUGAUGGUAAGUCCCACACCGCUGGCGGGGAGUGGAAUCAAGAAGAACUCGCAACGCUCCAAGGCACGUAUGCUGCGAGAUAUCACAAGCUAUAUUGCCGAAUCUGAAGACGAUAGUGACGAAGUGAAGAAGGAGGCUGAAAAGUUAAUUGAGGCGCUGGAGAGUCGGAGGAAACCUAAGCAGCGCGUUGUGUUCAUGCGAGCAGCAGUCAAUCGGGCAAAGAAGGUACCUACGCCGAGAAUCGAUAAGGCUCAGGUGGACAACCUCUCGCCAAGUGAUGAAGGCUUCAUAACUCCGACGAAGGCCUGUCCCGCGGAAUGCUCGAGCGAAGGUUUGGUUGACUUCACCCUCUCUCAGACAAAGUUGCUAAGUGCAAUGAAAGCGGGGGAGAUUCGGAAGAUUUGUGACAAGGAAGGUGUUGUAUACGUCAAGAAGGACGUCUCCAUUCAAGAGAUCGUAAGGUGCCGUACACGACUCCCGUAUGAAGGCUUCUUCGAGCUGAAGAGUCAGACGCCGACUUCGCGGGUUGGUGGGCUUGAUGCUCCGUAAUGGCUUACCAGAUUGCGACUCGUA